AUGACUGCGCUGGAAAAUGCUGUGUUUUCUUUAAACGACGCAGAGGUUUUCAUCGAGUGUUCAAUCAGUAAGCUGUUCAUUAACAUUUUUCACGUGCGUUGCAAAAUAUUUGAAGGAUGAAAAACACAAUAGCGUCUAUUUUGCGCGAAAAUAUGUACGGAUAUUUGUCCUUGGAUGUCAUCUGACCUCAAAACCCACAGUUUCCGCAUCUUGGAACAGAAAAUUCGAGAAAACGACCUGGCGCAAAUAUCCGCACUUAUUUUAGCGCCAAAUUGGAGCAAUUGUUUAUAUAGCGCUGUAAGGUGAUUUAAAAUUCAGUAGAGGGAAGCAUAGAGCUAUCUAGGGGUACAUAUUGUUGUGAAGCGUUGUCUAGUUACUGCAUUUUACGGAUUUACAGUGCUACUCAGGGGUAUAAUGUUGUAUUGUGCUGUAUGAUGAUAAACCUUGCAGUACAGGGAUGUAAAGGGACGGGGAAGAGGGGCAUAUAGGAGUGCGUAUUCGAGGAGACAUGGAGUUUAAUAAUCGAAGGAACGUGUUUGCUCAUGAUGAAUCUCUCAAGUUGUCAUCGGCUAUCUCUCUAAGCACUAUUGUAACUUAUCCUUUCUCAGUUAUUCUUUUGUCAAAACUCUUCCUCAGGGUCUUCUCUGCGUCUACAUCUGAGAUGGCGGCUACCGACUCAGUAGAGUCCGGCUGUGGAUUGGCCUGCCGCCAUCUUGGAUACGCAUUGUAGGUGGACCCUGGGCGAGAGUUUGACCCAUUCCCAAUCAGAUGAUAGAAGAAGCCUUAAUUUGGACAUUGAGGGACUCGUUUCCAACAAAAUGCACCGAUUAUGUCGCCGAGACUUGGAGGGAACUCUUCCGCUUUAUGACUGCUAUUGUGAUGAGAGGACUGAGGAGAGCAAGCACUGGCACCCUGCGGACUAG